UACAUUCGGUGGACUACACGGCUAUGAACUACAAGACUAUACUGACGGAGAGCUCCCUAUUCGACGACACCUUCUCUAUGGAUGUCUUCGCGGACUAUAUUUUUUGGUCUAAUUAUGACAAGAAUGCGGUGCUUAUGACCCAUAAGUCCGGCCUAAACGGCACCCAAAAGUUACAUCUCGUCAACGCCUACACCGAUAUCGAGGGCAUUAAAGUGUUAGACGCCUCCCGACAAACUAAAGGUGCUAAUCGGUGUGAGAGUCAUAACUGUUCCCAUAUGUGCCUUCCGGUUGGACGCGACUACCGGUGCGUUUGCUCUAAGGAUAGCAGCGAUUGCACCGAAACUUCAACGUCAUCCUAUGUAAUACACAUAAACCCAGUCCAGAGUCCAAUCGUCGACUCCGACAAUAACUUUAUGUCAAAUUUGUCCCAAAAAUUGGAUUCAUUGCUGAGGAGCGCCGACCUAAUGACGGGUGCGACCAACGGGUCGCCCACCCAUUGGGUGAUCAUAACGUUGGUGUCGAUCGCAUUUAAUCUCAUAUUUAUAUCCCUAUUCUUGGCGUUGAUUUAUCGCAAGAGAAAAUUGUAA